AUGAAUCCCUCCGUCGGCCUGCUCCUGCUGCUCCUGCUCGGCCUCUCUCAGGCACAUCCUCUCAUGGAGGAAGGAAGUGGAGAAGAGGUCCAGGUGGACGAACAAGACGACAUCGACAUCACUACCAGGAUCCUGACCUCCAACAACGCGACCGAUGAGAUACUGCUGGAAGGAGACCUGCUGGUUCCCAAAACUAGAAACGCCAUGACGUGCUGGUCCCAGAGCUGCCUGUGGAAGAAAGCCUCCAACGGCCUGGUGAUGAUCCCCUUCACUGUGAGCCGGGAGUUCUCCAGCUGGGAGAGGCAGAAGAUGGACUACGCUAUGAACGCCUUCCACAGCAGCACCUGCCUCCGCUUCGUGCCCCGUCAGAACGAGUACGACUACAUCAGCAUCGAGAACAAAGCCGGGUGUUUCUCCGCUCUGGGGAAAACGGGGGGCCGACAGGUGCUGUCUCUCAACAAGCAGGGCUGCCUCUACCACGGCAUCAUCCAGCACGAGAUCAACCACGCUCUGGGCUUCCAGCACGAGCAGACCAGAAGCGACCGCGACUAUUACGUCAGGAUCAACUGGGAGAACAUCAACCCGCAAAUGGCCUACAACUUCUACAAGCAGGCCACCAACAACCUUAACACCCCCUACGACUACUCCUCCAUUAUGCACUACGGAAAGAGCGCCUUCUCCAUCCAGCACGGCAGGGACGCCAUCACCCCUAUCCCCAACCCCAACGUGCAGAUCGGCCAGAGGAGGGGCAUGUCCUAUUGGGACAUCUCCAGGAUCAACUUGCUGUACGGCUGCUAA